AUGGAGAAAACCAUGUUUUUAAAAAUCGUCGACGACAUCCAAGCAAAUUUUCCAUAUAUUCAAGAGGGGUUCGAUGCGCGUAGGAGAGGAAGCUUCAUGACGAUCCAAAAAGUGUGCUCGGCGGUACGUCAACUCGCUACGGGCAAUCCGCCCGACAAGUACGAUGAGUACUUGCAUAUGGCUGCUCGAACUGGGCGCGAGUCUCUUGACCAUUUUUGUGACGCCAUCAUUAAGUUGUGUGGUCGAGAGUACUUACGUAGGCCUACUCAACACGACGUUGCUCGCAUUUUUGAGGCACACGAACAACACCAUCACAUGCUGGGGAUGCUUGGUAGCAUCGAUUGUACACACGUCGAGUGGUUAAAUUGUCCUAGACACUUGAGAGGACAAUAUACGGGAGGCGACCAUGGCGUUCCCACUAUUAUGCUUGAGAUCACUGCUUCUCAAGAUACGUGGAUUCGGCAUGCUUAUUUUGGUGCUCCCGGUUCAAACAACGACAUAAACGUCUUGAACCAAUUCGACUUCAAGUACUCGGCGUUUGUAAAAGCAUACCCGUAUCCUACUGACCCGAAGGAAAAAAGAUUCAAGAAGUUACAAGAAGCGGAGAGGAAAGAUGUGGAGCGUGCAUUUGGGAUUCUAAAAGGGAAAUGGAAAAUUCUUAGGCGUCCUCUUCAACCCAUGAUCAAAGACAAGAUCGGGCAGUAUGUUUACGCGGCUUGUAUUUUACACAACAUGAUCAUAAAAGGUGAUGGCAGAGCAAUCUCACCGGUUCACAUAAUGGACCCGCCGGUCCAACCAGUGUUCGACGAUAGCGUCUUAGGUGAGCUACUAAACGAAAACAUCCAUCAUCGUCUUCGUUAUGACCUCACCGAAUAUGUGUGGGCUCAAGACUUGACAUUUCUCGACGAUUUUGAUUUGGGUAAGAAUUGGGUGGAAUUGGGUAAUCGUGAGUUGAAGGGUUUUGAUUGA